CUUUCUUCUUUCUCUCCGUCGUCGACGUGAACGUCCUUUCAACUCCACCGCCAUCGCUCAGACCGCAACAAUGGCGCAACCUAACUCAACCGAGUACGUCACGCUGGUUUCGAGAGAUGGCUUUGAGUUCAAGGUGCAGCGCUCUGCCGCUUGUCUGGCCGGCGCCAUCCGUCGCAUGCUCGACCCUACGAACAACUUCUCUGAAGCGCUGUCGAACCGCUGCGUCUUUGAGAACAUUAACGGCGUCGUGCUCGAAAAAGUUUGCGAGUACCUGUACUACAACGAGAAGUACAAGAACGCCAAGGACGUGCCGGACAUGGAUAUCCCGCCUGAGCUCUGCCUCGAGCUGCUCAUGGCGGCCGACUACUUGAAUGUUUGAUGAUGAACGACGUGCUAAAACCUAUCGACUGGCCUGGGCGAUGUUAUUGGCGUUCAUUGAGUGAUGGGCGGUCUACGGGUCGCGCGCCGUUGUCCCAGCACAUCUUGACUGGAUCGGCGCAAUUAGGGGUUCAGGUUCAGGUUCGGCUGGAGGAGAUACCC